GAGACCUGGGCCUUCUGCGUUCGCUCUGGGAGGUGGCCCAGAUUUAUGUGCAUUACUGCCUGAUCACUCCCCUCCCUCUAAAUUCGAAUCCGCAGAGAUCUGGGGAUAUGCCGUUGACCCUGUUGCAGGACUGGUGUAGGGGGGAGCAUCUGGACACCCGGAAGUGCAUGCUCAUCCUGGGGAUUCCCGAGGACUGCAGCGAAGAUGAGUUUGAGGAGACUCUCCAGGGGGCUUUCAGGCCCCUGGGCAGAUACAGGGUUAUUGGCAGGAUGUUUAGGAGGGAGGAGAAUGCCCAUGCGUUUCUGCUGGAGCUUGCACAAAAUAUCGACUAUGCUUUGGUCCCCAGGGAAAUACCAGGAAAGGGGGGACCCUGGGAAGUGGUUGUAAAACCCCGUAACUCAGAUGGAGAAUUUCUCAAUAGACUGAACCGCUUCUUAGAGGAGGAGAGGCGGACGGUGUCAGACAUGAACAGACUCCUCCAGUCGGAUGCCAGUUGUUUGGCUCCGAGAGUGGCUAUAUCACCAGAUUUCUGGACCUGGGCCCAGACCCUGGGGGCAGCAGUGCAGCCUCUGCUAGAACAAAUGUUGUAUCGAGAACUAAGAGUGUUUUCUGGGAACACCAUAUCCAUUCCAGGGGCAUUGGCCUUUGAAGCCUGGCUUGAGCACACCACUGACAUGCUACAGAUGUGGCAGGUGCCUGAGGGGGAGAAGAGGCGGAGGCUCAUGGAGUGCCUGCGGGGCCCUGCUCUACAGGUGGUCAGUGGGCUCCGGGCCAGCAACGCUGCCAUAACUGUGGAGGAGUGCCUGGCAGCCCUGCAGCAGGUGUUUGGACCCGUGGAGAGCCGUAAAAUUGCCCAGGUGAAGUUUUGUAAGGCCUAUCAGGAGGUAGGAGAGAAAGUCUCUAGCUUUGUGUUACGUUUGGAACCCCUGCUCCAAAGAGCUGUAGAAAAAAAUGUGGUGUCACGAAGGAAUGUGAAUCAGACUCGCCUGAAACAAGUCUUGAGUGGGGCUACCCUUCCUGACAAACUUCGAGAUAAACUUAAGCUGAUGAGACAACGAAGGAAGCCUCCUGGUUUCCUGGCCCUGGUGAAGCUUCUGCGUGAGGAGGAAGAGUGGGAGGCCACUUUAGGGCCAGAUAAGGAGAGGCUGGAGGGGCUGGAAAUAGGCCCAAGGCCAUCUGGAGUCAGUGGGGUUGGGGCAGUGCCUGUGCCUGCCUUGGGCGACAGUUUUGAGGCGAGGCUUUCCCAGGGUUGCCGGCGCCGGAGGAGCAGAGGCCAACACCGGAGGGGUGGUGUGCCGAGGGCAGGCUCUCGAGGCUCAAGAAAACGGAAACGCCACACAUUCUGCUACAGCUGUGGGGAAGAUGGCCACAUCAGGGUAGAGUGUUUCAACUGCUCCAACCAGCCCUUGGUAAAGCAGAAGAGACAGAUUGCACAUGAAUCGGGAAACGGAAACUGGGCUUGGGACAAGAGCCAUCCCAAGUCCAAGGCCAAGUAGGCUCAGGACAG